AUGAGUACUACUAAACUCAUCCCCUCACGCCCUCUAUUGCGUUAUCUCAAUGAAAAGAUAUCCAAUACCUCAGUACGCCCGUUCUACCACCCAGUAACCCAGCAGUCAUCUACGAAUUCAUUGCGCCGCUCCAUCCUACUUCGCCUUCCACAACAAUGUCGCCAUAUUAUGUUGUCACGAAUCGCAGAAAGGACAAAACAUGGUAAAUUGCAAGCCGAUAACCAUAAAAUUCUGGAUUAUGUCAAGACAUCACUCUUUUCUCAAACAGAUUAUCAAUCGCAAAAGAUUAUAUUAUGGGUAGAAGCGGAUAAAAAGCCCUACAGCAAGCCACACACGUUUAUUGGCGUAAUGACGAUAGGCGAUGUGAUGAAAGACUACCUGUGCAAAAGAGAAGAAGCAUUAUUGGACCCAGGAGAAGGGACGAGCUGGAUGCUGGUGCCUAGAACUGGGUUCCAAAAUAUCUCAAGGGGAGAGCGUCAUCAGCUGAAGAAGAUAGCUGAACGUCUUCAUGAUCUGGGAGCGACCAACGUUGACGAAUACAUUUUGAUCAAACGAAAAUCUUUCAUGGUGCCAAAGCCCGGGAAAGCAAUGAAAACUAAAGGAGGUCGUGGCAAUGCGAAACUUAUAAAUUUGACAAAGGAUGUUACGGGCGAUAACCUGAGCGUGAUGUUGGCAAAAGCUUAUUACUUUUUAGAAACACGCAAUUACAAUGCAGAGUUUCACAUACAUUUCGCGAAAAAUCUCAAGUUCAGCGAAGAUGAGAUGUUUCAAAAGAUGAUGGAGAUGCCCGGUGGCUUGGCUCUACAUCCUCAAGUCAUUCAAAGCCAAUUGCCUAGUAGUUCCCGGAUCAAUAUAAAGCCUUGGAGUAAUGGAAGAGAGCUUGUAUGGGUUGUAGGGAGAAAUUCAUCACGUCAGCAAGAGGAACUGGUGUUACUUGCUAGGGAUAAUAUCGCUCAGAUGAAAGGAACUCAUGAAUUUGUAAUUCACAGGGGAAAGGAGAUGAAAAAAGAUAGGAACUGGAGAUUGACCCAAGAUAAGCGAGAGAUCGAAACCUUGAAAAAAGAAGGCAAAUCUUUCGAUCACGUUCUUGAACGACAAAGGGAAAUCAAUGCGCGUGAGGGCGGUCUAAAAUCAAUGUUUACGGAGGUGAAAUUGGCACGAAGACAGAAAGAAAAGGAUAGGAAAGCACGAAGGAUUGAAGAAAGACUUAGUUAUCAAGCACGCGGGCGAGCCAUGUUGGCUGGUCGUUUGGAGCGAAAGAGAACAUUGAGGACACGUUGGGAGCGAAGGAAACAAAAUCUGAGAGCAACGGAGCGUCAAAGAAAAGAGCGCGAUGCGAUGAGAGCAUCUUUCCUAGCUCGGAGGAAAGCGAUGAAGGCAGAACUAAAAGCCGAGGCUAUGAUAGGCACCGUGAAUUAUUAUUCGCGAUCGGUACAGACAGGAGAAAAAGGGGUGGAGCAUAACGGAUCAGGUGCGAGAAGAAUACGACUAAUCAAGUUCAAGGAGACAGCAAGGGAUGUAGCGAAGAGAACAUCGCUUUUGCGAUCUCCACAUCCUGCUGCACCGAAUGCUUUGAGAAUUGAAAGACAAAGGUCACUGAGUCAAAGAAGAGCAAUUAAAGUGAAGGCAAGAAGGGAGCUGGAGUUGAGGAGGAAGAGGGCAAGCCCUAUUCGGUCGAAAUUUGAGGAUAUGAUUUAG